AUGGAAAGGUUUUUUUUCACUGAAAAUGCUAUUAAUCUGGUGGAGGCAGUAAAAGGUGUUGCUCGAUGUAUAUCAGGUAAAGGUAAUGGAACAUGUUAUAGAGUAGGACCCACUUGUGUAGCUAGCAAUUAUCAUGUGGCACAACUUGUUCUCAAUCCUCCUCGACAUAGAAUUCCUAUGUUUAUCGAUGAAUUUAAUAUUGAAUCAUCAUUCGAUAUCAUCAAAUCUUAUUAUACUGAUGAAGGUUCUCAAUGGAAGAAAUUUUAUCCAACAGUAUCAAAAUAUGAAUAUAAUGGUACAGAUAAUUCUGAAGCCUUUAACAAACAUAUCAGAAUGGAUCCUCUUCUCGGUGUUCAAAAUGAUUUUGAUUAUCCAGAUUAUUGUGUUGUCUCAUUGAUGCAUCAUCUUGAAUCUCAUGUUUUAUUUGUUCCAUCAAUGCGUGUUGGUCAAAUUGGUCAAGCAAUAGCAACUAUCAGUUUUCCAGGUUUAGAAGGAAUGCGACAAGAAGAUAUAUCUCCCACUCGAUAUCGGAAUUCUUUAACAACUGUAUUUCCGAUUGUGGAAAAUCUCAUGGAUGGUUUUGGUAAACGUACAGUUAGUUAUGGUCGAAUUCUUGCUCCAUUUAAAUUAGAUGAUAAUCAUCAAUUAUGGAUUGAAGAUUCUAAAAAAAAUUUUACUAUUGAAAAUCAAUGUAUUUUAUCAAAUGAAUGUCUUUUAAAUGGAUCAUCUGGAGGACCCGUUCUGUUGGAUGGUUUCAAAAUAAGUUCAACAAUCGAUCGAAAUGGAAAUCAAUGGACUUUUGUUGAAUAUUCAGCUAUUCAUUUUGGUGGUGAAUAUAUUCCAUGUCGUGAAUGUUUAUCAGCUAAUCCGAUCAAACGUGAAUUUUAUACAAAUCUAAAUGAUUUAGUCGAAUUACCUCAUUGCUCAACAUGUCGAAAUGAUCCAAAUGAACGACAACCAAUUGUGUACAAUUUUGCUUUGACAGUUCAUCAUCCAUCAAUUGUCGAAUCUUAUCGCAUGUUGACAAAGAAUUUACUUGAAACGUUUGACAUUGAUCAACUAAAAAUGUUCAAAGAUUAUUUUGAUCAUUAUCAAAUCAAUCUUGAUUGA